ACAACUCAGUCCCCCUCGGAUAGCUCACGUCCCACACCUGGCCAUGGGCCCCGAUUCGAAAAUGAUCUCGGCUUCAGUCCGUUUCCGCGCCCCGUUUGCCAUUUGUUGAGUUCUUCCAAUUCUCAUCCGGCCUCCGGCGUUCUGUUCUUCGAAAAGUUUCUUCUUUCUUCCUCCAACCACCCAGGCAUGGAGACAACCAAACGUGCCAAAACCGGGCUUUCCGUCGAAGAGAGACAGCUCUACGAGCACAACCUGUCCAAAUUCAAAGGUAUCUGGGAAAGGUUCUCCACUCAGAUAGACGAGAGGGACGCCAUACAGAAGAAGACUUUCACGAAAUGGGUCAACAAACAUUUGAAAAAGCACUGGACGAAUUCGAAGACGUACACUCAGUUGUGCAUAUUCCCAGAAACUAUAAUUACUGCAAACAGGCACGUCAACGACUUGUUCACCGACCUGCAGGACGGCCUAAACCUCAUUUCUCUUCUAGAGGUUCUCUCCGGGGAGCAUUUGCACAGGGAAAAGGGGCGCAUGCGAUUUCACGCCCUUCAGAACGUCGAGCUUGUCCUCAAUUUUCUAAGAUACAAAAAGAUAAAAUUAGUCAACAUCCGUCCAGAAGACAUCGUAGAUGGUAACCCAAAACUGACCUUAGGCCUGAUUUGGACCAUCAUCCUUCAUUUCCAGAUUUCCGAUAUAGUACUAUCACAGCGAGAAGAGAAUGUUUCACCGAAGGAGGUGCUCCUUAAGUGGGCUAAGAAAUCAACCGCCCGAUACCCUGAAGUCAGGGUGUCUGACUUCACCACCUCUUGGCGAGAUGGCCUUGCCUUCAAUGCUCUCAUCCACCGCAACAGGCCCGACCUCAUCGAUUGGAGGUCGGUCAAGACGAAGACAGUCCGCGAAAGGCUUGAAACCGCCUUCUACAGUGCCGAGAAGGUCGGAGUCACCAGGCUGCUCGACCCCGAAGACGUCGACACACAUGAAAUUGAUGAGAAAUCCAUAAUUACAUACAUUUCUUCGAUUUAUGAUGUUUUCCCAGAACCUCCUGCUAAACAUCCACUCUAUGAUAACGAAUCACAGGUGCUCACUCAAGAAUACCGUGAAGUUGCUUCAUCACUCCACCUCUGGAUAUGCGAAUACACUUCUGUUUUCUCAGAACGUACCCUUCCUGCUACACUUCAGGACCUCGUCAAAGCGAGCCAGGAAUCGUCUCGAUUUAAAACCUAUGAAGUCCCUGCCAAACAAUCUGACAGGCAAAAACUUUCCCUUUUAUACACCGAAUUACAGAAAAUUUACGAGUCUACAGGAGAAGUAGAUAUUGAACCGGAGUUACAUAUAGAUGUGCUCGAACGUAAUUGGAAUAAACUUCUUUCAUUGCAUCAAGAGCGCGACCAACAGCUUCAGGAUGAAAUUAAGAAAUUUGAACGGUUAGACCGUCUUGCAGAAAGGCUCUCCCGAGAUUGUAAGAGGGUCGAUUCUCGAUUGGACGAUGUGGAAUCUCGCGUUACCGAAGAGUCUCGACGGCUGGAACGCCUUCAUCCGCUUGAUGCAAAACGCAAUGCCGAAUCUCUUGAAUCUGAAAUGCGCUCAAUAGAAGAAACCAUCAAUGGGCUUGUCCAAGACCUGGGCAUCCUUAAAACAGUCGGACACCAAGCUGCCCCUGGCCUCGAGCGACGAGUGACCAAACUCCAUCAAAAAUGGGUCGCGCUUCGCUCCUCUCUCCAUCAAAAGCUCAUUGCUCGACUCGCAUCCAUGUCUUUCCCCGUUGUCGAAGAAAGAACAGUGACCAGGCAGACGAGAACCGUUUUAGAAACAAGACUCGUCGAUACGAACCAUCAUUUCCGCUCAUUGCAACAGGCUAUCGACUGGUGCAAAGCAAAAAUCAAACUCAUUAAUGAAUCAGACCUUGGUAACGAUCUUGCCGGUGUUAAAAUUGAACUUUCACAUCAUGAACGAGAACAUAAGGAAAUAGACAGAUUCAAAACUACUGUGGAACAGUGUGCUGCGGCUAAAACGCAAUUCACUGGCGAGGAACAACAGUUAUACCAACAACACUUAAACACACUUCAUAAAGUAUAUUCGGAGCUUCUCACUACAUCAAACAAACGGCUCAGCGAUCUUGAGUCGUUACUCGAUUAUCUACAGUCACUGCAGAACCAGCUUGCAUGGUUGAGUGAAAAAGAGGCUAUCGAAGUUGCACGUGAUUGGAGUGACCCUAACAUCAAUUUACUCUCAGUGCAGCAUUACCACGAUAAUCUGAUGUCUGAAUUAGAAAAGAGAGAAGUUUCCGUUCGGUCAGUGCUUGAGCGAGGAAAUUCUUUAGUCCUUCAAAAUCAUCCAGCCGGGAAAACAAUCUCAAGGUGGACUGAGCUUUUAAAAGAAGCUUGGUCAAGGCUUCUUCAGUUCUCACUUGCCUGUGAGAUACAUACAGAAGCGACGAGAAAAUACCAAGAGUACCAGAAGGAUUUAAGAGAGGCCGAAGCUUGGCUUCAAAGCAGAGAUGAACUGCUCAACACAGUAUAUUCCGCAUCCGAGUUUUCGCUUGAUGAAGGGGAACGCCUUCUGAAAGGCAUGCAAGAAAUGAGAGAAGAAUUAAAUAAGAAGGCACCGUUGUUCGCCGAGCUGACUGCGAGAGCUGCCAAAGUGCCACCGAUACGGCAGCGCCGACUUCCAGUGACCAGGCCUAUUCAAGUAACCGCAGUCUGUAAUUACACCUCAGAUACGGUAUACAUUGAGAAAGAAGACACGUGGCUCUUGCACGACAAUUCGGCCUUGACACAGUGGCGUGUUUCUUCGUUGUCGUCUCGUUCUAAUGACACCAAUGUGCCAGGUGUGGUUUUCUUUAUUCCACCUCCUGGAAAGGAGCUGCUCGAAGGCGCUGAAAGGCUUAACCGAUCCUUCGAAUCGACUACUUCCCUCUGGCAGAAGAAACACAUGAGGCUACGGCAGAACAUGAUAUUCGCAACGAUACGUGUGGUCAGGUCUUGGGAUCUCGCACAAUUCGUUGGCAUGGGCUCAGAGCAAAGAAACGCAAUUCGUAGAGCUCUCAAUGAAGACGCAGACAAACUUUUAUCAGAGGGUGAUCCAUCUGACCCACAACUAAGGCGUCUACGACGUGAAAUGGAAGAAGUGAACAGACUGUUUGAAGAACUCGAAAGACGUGCAAGACAAGAAGAUGAACAAAAGGCUGCAUUAAGAGAGUUCACAGAAACGUCAAAUCGCAUUCAGACAACACUUGAUGAGUAUGAACGUACACUAAAUAACCGCAUUCUCAAUUCAAUUGCCCGGGACUCCCACACCCUCGAACGCCAAGUUCUCCAACACAAAGAUUUUGAAAAUGAUCUUAAAUCCUUGACACCGGAAAUAGACAGCUUACAGGUUUUGUUCAAUACGCUUCCUCGUAAGUCACAUCAGCAUUCUGCCAAAGUCGAAUCUAUACUCCAACAGUGGAAUACAAUCUGGAAUUACUCUCAUCUCUAUGUUGAGAGGAUGAAGUGUGUAGAGAUAGUGCUUGCAUCUCUAGACGAGGCGAGGAACGUCGUAUCUGAAUUGGAAAUAAAGCUCGCUUCUUUUGGAGAGAUGCCGUCCGAACUCGAACCCCUUCGAGAUGUUCAUGACGACCUGAUAAGAUUACAAAACGCCAUAGCUGCCCGUCAACCUGUGGUCGAUCAGUUAAUAGACGACGCUACAAAUACUAGACGUGUCGUUGUACGUUCAAGAGACCGCACAUCUGAAAGAGAACACGGAGAUUUAGACCGACUGGACGAAGAUGUCAACUCUGUUACAAAACGAUGGAACGAUCUUUGUGCCAACCUCGUACACCGGCUGCGCUCUUGCGAAGCUGCGUACUCCCUCCUUGACAAUUUUGGCCAGACGUAUCAGACGGAAGUAAAAUUCAUCGACGAGUCUUACAAGCAACUCAAUGAACUUCCUCCGGUGUCACAUGCCAAACACCACAUUGAACCCACCAAGGUACUUUUUACGAGCAUUGUCGAGAGAACACAGCCCCUUGAGCAAGUCAAUAUCGAUGGCGGAAGGUUUAUAAGAGAAGCAAAGAUUUAUGCAGUCUCAUUGAGGAGGUAUGCGGACGACGUUAUGAAAUGGAAUCCGUCUUUCGAACGGCCUGAAUACGAGGAGCCAUCGCCUACCACAAAAGUGGAACAGAUGCUCGACAACUUGAACCAACGAUUCUUGACACUUGUGACGGUGAUGCAAGACAGGAUCAGACAAAUGGCCGCCCUAAGCGGAGACAAAGAUUUACAGGAGUUCGUAAGGAUGAUGAAACCAGCCCAGCUAAGGACUUUCCGGACGGUGUUCAGUAUCACCGAGACCACGAAACAGAUAUCUAGCAAGUGGCUUCCUGAUACUUGUGACAUGGGUAAUCAGAUGAAUGGGCGGUCGGAGGAUGAAAAGAGCUCCGAGAUUAUCAACGAGAAGGGCAUCACAGAUCCCGAAACCGGGCGUGUACUCACAAUCGGUGAGGCGAUCAGGAAACGCAUUCUUGAUGUGCGCAAUGGCACAGUGCGUGUCAAAGGGGACACGCUUUCGCUCAAAGAGGCUGCAGAACAAGGCGUCAUACAAGAACGGCUUGUGCAACGCCUUCUCGCUCCCGUCGUCGGAGCAGCAAGCCUCCUUGAGCAAAUACAACGAGAAUUGUUAAAUGCCGAAAACCCUGUAAGUCAGUUUUGCCUCAGUGAUUUCAUUAGCCUCGAUCUUGUCUACGACGAGAAGGUCUUGGACCGUAAAACCGGCAAUUUAUUGACAUUCGGCGAUGCUGUUAAAUCGAAAAUCAUGAAUCCCGACUUUUAUGAAAUUUAUUCGCAAGACAAAAAAAUCACACUUAGAGAUGGCCUCAAAACCGGCUUUAAAAUGGCUGAUGUCGAAAAACCUCUUAGUUUGAAAGACGCAGUUGAUUUUGACAUGGUGGACGAUGGACUUAUAGUAACGAGAUACGGUAAACUAACUGUGGAAGAUGCAGUUCUUAAUAAUAUUCUGGACACUAAUUACAAUACGAUACUCGACCCUGACACUAAUAAUUUAAUCACUCUUCAAGAAGCUCUUAAUCGGAAAAUAAUUAAAGACGGACUGUACUUAGGCAAAACUUUCCAAUCUGCAGUACAAGACGGUGAUUUUUCUACAGUUAACAUUCAAUCUGUAUUUGAUAUCGGCCUUAUCCGUUUUGGAGAAGAGUACAAAUCACUCAAGAUCCUCCACAAAGAGGGCAUUUUUGAUAAAGGGACAUUCAAAAUGCCUGAAAUCCAGACUCUUGAAGAGCUCGAAAGUCAAAACCUGGUCCGUCGUGAAGUAAAAGAUAUCCUUAUGAAAAAAAUUGGUGUGAAAAGCUCUGGGAAAGAGCUUUCCGUGUUCGAAGCUGUUUCCAUGGGCCUCUUAGACAUAAAAACAGGCCUUUUGGUCGAUCGGAAACACAAACAGAUUGGGUAUGAAGAAGCUUUAAAGAAAAAACUCAUAACUAAAGAAGGUCUUUCCACUUUAAAAAGCGUCCUUUGUAUCACUCUGACCACACAGACUAAAACAGUGAAAAAAUAUAUAGACAAUGAAGGGACACCAGGCAAAAAAUUAGUUUCUGAGGAUAUAAAAGUUGUAGAAAAAGGUUUUAAAAAGAAUAUCAAAAACAUACUAGAUUCUAUGAGCAGGGUACCAGAUAAGGGGUGGCUUUUGCGCGAUGCAAUUGAAAAAAAGGUAUUGGAUCCGAAUCGUGGGAUUUUCACCGUCCCUGGGACAGACAGGGAAGUCAGUUUUGAAGAAUGCUUAAAAUUAGGUAUCAUCGAUGAAAAAUCGGGGCGUGUUGUUGAUUUAAAACGAGGCCGUGAAUUGUCAUUUCUGCGUGCAAUUGAAAAACGAAUCAUGGACAAGCAUGGUAACGUAAACGGUCACGAUAUGGAGGCUUGUAUUAAAAACGGUUUGAUCUUACUUGACGAUACAUCUCCCGAUCCUCUACAUGUUGAAAAAGGUGUUAUAUUUGACCCUUCCUCCUCAUUGGUAAUACUAACAAAAACUGGCGAGUCGUUGAAAUUUUCCGAAGCAUUGAAAAGCAGUAAACUCGACCCGAAAAAGGUGCGUGUAAACGGGUUGAGUUUACAAGACGCUCUCGAUAACGGCCUUCUGUCUGAUGACUUUUUAGAAUUCAAUGGACCAGAAGGCAAAAUGAGUGUGGGUGAAGCGAUAAAACUCGGUUAUGUAACUGUCGAAGGGCGAUCUGUCGUUAAAAAGUAUUUAAUAAUUGACAAAAAACUAUCCCCUCGGGAUUUGGCUCUUAGGGGUGUCUACGAUCCAAAGAAAUCAAAAUUUACUAUUCCAUUUAAAGAAGUCUGUGAUAAAAUAUUUGAUCCUGAUGAUGUCUUUGUUAAAAAUCUAACGUUGAGACAAGCCCUGGAGCAAAACCUGUUUGAUGAAGAUGGCAAUCUGUAUGAUGGCGACCAAAAAAUUCCAUUUUUCCAAGCGGUGAAAAUGUCCUGGAUUUAUUCAAAAGAAGCAAAGCCACGUGCAAAUCUUACAUUGCAUAAAGCGAUAGAACAAAAAAUACUCGAUCCGCAAACUGUCAAAGUGAAAUAUGAAAAUGUGGAUUGUAAUUUGAACCAAGCCAUACUCGACAAUAUUCUCGAUCCUGAUGAGAUUGUUGUUAAAGCCGAUGAGAAUUCUGAUUUUGUAGGUUUGAACGAAGCAGUUGAAACUAAAUUGCUAGAUUUGAAUGAAGCUGUUCUCGGCGGUUUGAGCUUAGAUGCUGCAUUUAAAGUCGGUUUUGUGAGGCAGAAAAUGCCACCCAUCGCAUUAGAGAAUAUUGUCGAUGGCAUAACACUAAGAGAUCCUUUAACGGGUAAUAUUAUAGAUGUUAAAAAAUCUAUUAAUUUAGGAAUUGUUGACCCUGAUAUUUCUUAUAUAAAUGGAGAGAAGGCUUCCGAUCAGAUCAUAAAGCCCGGUGAUGAAAUAAAGACUAAAUUAAAUCCUUUUACAAUCAUAGAAGCAAUAAACCGCGGUUAUUAUAAAAACGGUAAAUUCCUUGACCCUCGUAUCAAUAAAUAUUUGACUCUCAGAGAAUCCAUAGAUAAAAAACUAAUCGACCCUACUUUGACAUGCGUGAAAGAUCCUAAAAAUGAUGAGCUUCUUGAUUUAGACAAGUCUGAGGGCAUUUUGGACUUUGAAAAUGGUACUUUCAAUUAUCCAUUUAAAAUGGAUUUGAAAAAAGCUUAUUUGAAAGGUUUCAUUCUGCCUAAAAUACCGCCUAUGAGUUUACCCGAGGCCGCCGUUCAAGAAUAUAAAUUGAAAAAUCUCAAGUCCGAUUUGGGAGCCGGUAAAAUCCUCAAUACACCUUGUUUGGUCAAUGAUAAUGAAAUUCUGACACCCGGAGAAGCGUUGGAACUCGGCCUUUUCGAUCCUGAAAGUAACACCUAUCGCGGUAUACGCUUAGAGAAGGCCGUAGCUGCUGGCUUCUUGCUUCCGAAAAUCUUGAGUGUAAAAGAAGCUGUAGAUUAUGCCGUUUAUUCUCCAAAGAGUGGUCUUUUUAAUGAAAGAACGUUAAACACAGCCCUUGAAAACUUGAUAGACCCUGAUACGACAAUUGUACGGACUGAUUCUGGCCCUGAAAGCUUUAAGACGGCGGUGGACAAGACGACAGGUAGAAUAGCAACCCAGAAGGGCGAACUAACACUGGAUCAGGCUUUCAAAAAAGGCGUUUUGUACGAUUUGAAAGUACCUUGUUCUUUGAAGGAUGCAUAUGAAAAUCUUUAUUCCGACAACCUUUUCCUUGAUCCUAAAACAAAUGAAUUUUUAAGUUUGAAAGAAGCAAUAGACUCAAAUCUAAUAGGAAAUGAUGAAAAUUUAAUAAAGACUGACAUGGGCCUUGUCGAUUUGAAAACCGGAUACGAGUAUUUUAAAGGAGAUUUAGAUAAACUAUUGCAGAAUUGCGUUUACAAGCCUAAAAACACACUUCCUUUACAAAAGUUUUUAAAAGACGGACUAUACAAAGACGGACGGAUUUUUACAGACGGGAAGGAAAUGAGUUUAAACCUGGCUUUGAGGGAACACAAAAUCGACCUGGAUGCACCAUUUUGCAUUCAAAACAAUGUUUUCCUCACACCCAAAGAGGCGGUGGUCAAAAACAUCCUAGAUCCGAGGAAAGGUGUUUUUAAAGAAGAGAAUAUAGAAAUACCACUCGAGAACGCUUAUCAGUUAGAACUUGUGCAAAAUCUUGACAAAAUUGGACCCUACGAGGCAGUUAGACAUGACUGUGGACUUGAGUACGCAAAUGUAGAAAAUUCAAAACUUUUAAAAAAUGGUUUGUUUGUAGACUUGCCCUCUAAAGAAAAUGCAAAGGAACUAGUAAAAGAAAAGAAAAUAGUUUCAACAGUUAAAAAUCAAGAUUUGGAGGCUAUUAACGAUUCGGGAUUAAUCAGAGAUUCGGGUAUUGUUAAUCCUGAAGAUAACAGUAUAAACAGCUUAGAAAAAUCGUUAGAAAUCGGUUUAAUAAAUCCAAACACUACACGUUUUAAAAACAGAGCACUGAAUGUCAAAAACUUGCCGAGUUUGGAAUCUGUGAGUGAGGGUUUUGUAAAAGGUGAUCUUGCCACUGUUCGCGAGAGCCUGAAAGAUCGGUCAGAGCGACUUGGAAUUCCGAUAAAGGGUGAAAUGAAGCUGAGAGAUGCCAUAAAUUCUGGAUUGAUUGACCCGAGAAAUUGGUCUGUAAAAGAGAAAGGCGUCAAGUUGGUAAAGUUCAUAGAGUCCAAGAGCAUCGACCUUGAUGUGUACGGCUACUUGGACGGUGAUACGUUCCACACCAAAGAUCUCACCUUGAUCAAAGGUAUAAUGGAAAGUUUUAAAACUGCCAUCGAAAACAAUAAAAUCGACCUCGACAAAGGACUUUAUAAAUUCAACGAUGUGAAUCUGAGCUUAAUGGAUGCAAUCAACUGUGGAUAUUUAGAUCCAAACACGAUUGUCGUGAAGGAUACGAGCAGGCGUAGAUUUUACAAAAUCAAUGAAGCAUUUAAAAAGGGCAUAACGGACGACAAGGGAAAUACUCUAGAUCGAAAAAAUUCUAGGCUCUACAACCUCAAAACUGGUUUGGAGUCCGAGAUCAUAUACCUCGAUAAUAUAUCACUCAUAGAUUCGAUAGACUACGGCGUAUACAACCCCACAAACGGGCUGUUCACAGACCCUUUUUCCACUGAGACGGGCAUGAGCCGUCCUCGGCUGAACUUGGCCGCAGCAAUCGGGUCUGGCAUGGUCUCAGGCACUAGUGCCGUUUUUAGAGACCGCUCCGGUGCCAUUAAGUCAGUUCAGGAAGCAAUAUCGAGCGGAAGCCUAGACGCAGUCAGGGGCAGGUUCAGGACAGAUGAUGGAGAAGACCUGGACCUUGUCAAGGCGAAGGACAGGGGCAUCAUCGUCCGGGCUCAGUCUAGGCAAGCGAUGGAGGAGAAAUAUAAGCUGUGCGAUGACUCGCUCAGGCAGCUCUUAGAAUGGAUGAGUGAUCUUGAAGACCGCCUUGCAAAACAAGAACCAGCUCAAGAGAGCCUCAAUGGAAUCCGCGACCAAAUCAACUUACUCAAGCUGAUAAAAGAAGAAAUUGAAUCACAACAGAGGAUGGUCCAGAGUUGUUUAGACGAUGUACGUAACAUCAUUUCGAAUGGUACAGAAUUCCUUGCACGUGAUGAAAUCUCAUCGCUCGAAAGAAACUCGAAAUCGCUUAAGACGAGAUACGACAAAUCGAACGUUAUGACUGAGCGGCUGCUCAGGAGGAUCAUCUCCGCAUCCGAGGAACUUCACAAAUUCAGAUCAGAGGCCACUGUGUUCUCAGAAUGGCUUGAAAAGACCAAGAGGGUUGUAACAGAAAAGGAGAAGAUGACUAACUUGAGACCCGGAGAUUCCAUAUCCGAGCUCGUCAACGACGUCAUAUCACACCAAGCCGAUCUGCGAUUCAUCACAAUGGCCGGGCAGAAAUUUGCCGAUGAGUCGAAGGAGUUUUUGAACAGCGUCAACGAAUACAGGGCCGGUCUGACUUCCAGACCAGGCCUCGUCGAGCCCUACCAAGGUUCUGAGUUGAGGAGGCUCGUUGCUGAUCUCACCAAAGAAUAUAAAGACCUGUCGAUCAGGGUUACCGAACUCUCAGAAAGACUUUCAGGCCUAGGCGGAAGACAAAGGGAAUACAAAUCCGCUCUUGACAGAGCAAGGCAGUGGAUGCAGUCGGCUGAGCCUCGUGCAAACAAGAUCUUGGCAGAGCCACUUGCAGCUGAUCCGCACUCGCUCGAUGAACAGCUAGUCCGAGCUAAGUCCCUGAACACAGAAUUUGCCGCUCAAAGUAGACUCUUUGACAACCUCAGACAAAGCCUUGAAUUAUUGAUCAGGUCUGUUGAAGGCCAGGCUACAAGGAGUGAGAUCAAUGAACUCACACUACCCGUCGAAGAGCUUUCCAGCAAGUAUGACUCCCUCUCAUCUGGUCUUACGAGGCGAAUAGAAAGUCUAGAUAAUGCGCUCUCUCAGAGCCAAGGCGUCGAGAACGCUCUGGAGAACGUUGUUGCCUGGCUCUCAAACGCUGAGAACAACAUAAAAUCUCUCACAAGACCAGCGUCUCUAAACAAGCCCAGACUUGAGGAACAGGUCAGAGCAGUACGAGCGCCUCUGUCUGAAAUAGUGGCAUACAGAUCAUCAAUCGAAAGUGUGGUGGUGCAAGCUAAACAGCUCACUUCUUCUGCAACGAACCCCAGGCUUGCAAAACGAAUCGAUGGAAAAGUCAAGGACGUCUUGUCCAGAUACGAGAAGUUAUUAGAAAGAACGACCAAGCUCUCUGAACUCUUGAAUGAAGUUACUGCUUCACUUGACGAGUUCUCAUCUCACGCCACUGAAGUUGAAAACUGGCUACAGGAAGCCAAUGAUGGCAUUGCAGUUGGCGGUGCCGGCGCAGUCGAUGUAGUAGUAGCGGAAAGAGAUGCCAAACGAGAACCGCUGGAAAGAGUACUCAGAGAAGGACGAUCUCUUCUUGCCCGUAAAGAUGUGACGGAUACUUCACAAGUCCGUGACCGUAUCAAGAAUAUCGAGACUCAGUGGCGAGACCUGAAUACUCUGUUAGAUGAAAAAGCUCGACUUUCAAAGAUUAGAGCGGAACAGGCACUCGCUUAUGACAAGCUAAGAGAUCAGAUCGUAGCAUGGCUUAACGCUUUUGAAGGUAAAGUCGGAAGGCUUGAACCCGUUGCACUACACAUGGAUAUAAUCAAGAGACAAACAGAAGAGCUCAAACCUCUGGUGAAAGAACAUAGAGACUUUGCCCCAACGAUCGAUCGCCUUUUUGACAUUGGAUCAUCAAUGGAAGCCACCGAACGACCAGAAUCUCCGACUCGACGACGCAGCUCUGUGAGCCCUGUAAAACGCUUAUCAACAAUUGGAAGAAAAUCUUCUCAGGAAUUAACUUCUCCAACUCCAACAAAAGUUUAUGUUACAUCACCUAUGUCUCCUGUUUCUUCGGGCUUUGGUAGCAGACGUUCCUCACAAGAGGUUUAUCAUGUUGAAGACUUCACUGGUACCCAGCAAGAAGUGGCAGAGCUUAACAAUAGAUAUUCCUCACUAGGACUGAAACUGAGCGAGCGUACAACCGAGCUUGAGACCACCAAAGAGGAGCUUCGUAAAUCACUAGAGCACAUGAGAUCUCUCGACGGAUUCAUUGAGAGGACAAACCGCGCGCUCCCUCGUGACACCCUUUGCGCAACAAAAGACGAAGCGGAUAAGACAAACAAAGUGGUUAAGAGUUUGCUUGAGGAGAUGUAUGAAAAGCAAGCACUCCUUGAAAGCACUAAGUCAAGCGUAAGUGAGUUAUUGCGCAAGAAACAAAACGCACCUGGUGCAGAAGCUCUUCAGAAACAGCUCGAGGAGAUUCUCGCUAAAUGGAAAGCAUUGCAUGAUCUGUGCAAGAGCAGGAUCCAAAUUCUAGAAGACCUCAAAGAUCUUUAUGACACUCAUGAACACUUAGGGACAUGGUUAUCGGCAAAAGAAAGGAUGGUCGGUGCACUCGGACCGAUAUCGAGCGAUCCAAGGAUGGUACAGUCACAAGUUGAACAGGUGCAGGUGCUAAGGGAAGAGCUGAGAGCUAUGCGACCACAGCUUUCUCACCUUGAAACGACUACGGCUUCACUGGUCACCCGUGCGAAGUGGACACCGCUUGAAGCAAAGCUCAAAUCCGUUACAGACCGGUGGUCAGCCCUCGCCAAGAAACUCGAUGACCGUGCUGCAUGCCUUGGUGUUGCAGUCGAUUCCAGUAGGGAAUUCGAUUCUGGGCUUAACCGCUUGCGUGACACCCUCCAGAACAUUUCAGAGCAGGUGGAUGCCGCGCAGACUGAAAAAGAUCCGGAACAGCACUUGCGCAAAAUACAAGCCUGUGAGAGACAGCUUGAAGGAGCUCGCCAACUACUGGCAGAUGCAGAAGCGGCAGGUGAGGAACUUUGCAAGGUCCUCACCGAUGCGGGUUCCAGGGCAGAGAUUCAAGGGAAGCUCUCUGCAGUUAACAAGCAAUACAAUGCUCUUCAAGCGAAGGUGGACAGACGAAGAGCCGAGAUUGAAGGUCUUCUCAGAGAUGGAAGAGAAUUUGAUGCUACUGUUGCAAAAACACUUGGUUGGUUGAGCGAUGAGCUUAGCUCUUUACAAGAUCGUCUUCUUAUUUCGGCCGAUAGAGAAGUCCUCCAACAACAAGUGGACGCUCAUGAACCUGUUUACAAGGAGGUCAUGAGUAGAGAACAUCAGGUAAUUAUGCUACUUGACCGAGGUCAAUCUCAGCGUGCAGACAAGUCGUCAUCAAGAAACCUAGACUCGCUCCGUUCCCAGUGGGACAAACUGAAGCGUGAAGCUUCUGAGAGACACACUAGACUUCAUACUUCAAUGGAACAUUGUCGCAAAUAUUACAAAAGCUUGGAGGCAUUUGUCCCGUGGCUUUCGCAGGCUGAAUCUCGUCUCGAGUCAUUGCGGCCCGACUCUUUCUCUCGGCGUGACCUCGAUAAGCAUCUGAGAGACCUCGCCACCUUUAGAAACGACGUCUGGAAGAAAUCUGGAGAAUUUGAACACCUGCGUUCACUCGGAGAUACUUUUGUAUCAUCGUGCGAUAUCGACAAAGACAUUGUUCUGCAAGAAGUCGCAGCUGCCAAAAGCCGUUGGGACAAACUUAAUAAUGAACUUUUACUUAAGACAUCUACUCUUGAAGAGCUUGGACGCCGUUUAGUAGAUGCAGCCGACCGCCUCAGAGGCGUUUCUCACUCAGUUCAGCGGUGUGAAGAUCGCCUAGGGAGCCACGAUUCAAUUUCAGCACAUGCCGAUCCUGCAACUGUAGCACGCCUUGCCUCACUCAGGGAUGAAGUUGCCUCUCUGCGUAAACCUCUAGAGUCACUUCGUACCAUCUGCGAUGAACUUGACGAAGAAGUAUCACAAGUCGCACAGGGUAGAACAUCCGGCUUAGGCGACGAAGUGGCAGCCCUUGCAGAGCGACUCGAUGAUCUUUCCUCACGACUUGACGAUCGUUGCGAUCGUGCCCAAAUUGCAGCUAAAGCUGUACAGCAAUACAAUGACAAAAUCAAGCAUUUGACAACAGAUUUGAGUACUCUUGAAGAUGAAUUUGCUUCUAUGAAACCUCCAGGACGUGACAUGAAAACAUUGCGCAGUCAGCAAGACCAGCUGACAGGAUUCAAUGGAAAACUCGCCCGUGCGGGUGAUGAUGUGGCCGCAAUGCAGUCAUUAGCCGAUGCUCUUGUGGACUCCGGCUUCUCCGCAGAUGCCACUCGCCAACAGGCAGAAAACGUUUCAAAGCGGUUAUCAUCACUCGAAUCUGCUUCAAGGAAGAGAGAACAGGCACUAGACGCUGCCAUUGAAAAACUACUAGAUUUCAAUAACAAGAUAGACGCUGCAGAUACACUUGUAGAGCGUGCUUUUGACGAAUUGAAGAGGCUAAAGCCGGUCGGCUCUGAGCCAGACACAAUUCGGUCUCAGCAGGACGAGUCAGCCAGUCUGAGGGCUACCAUGGUUGAGCCAGCAGGCGCUGCUGUCGAGGUGGCCAUAGCCGCCGGUCAAAUCCUUGUACAGACCGCUUCUCCCGGUGUGAGCACAGCUCAGGUCGAACGGGAUUGUGAAUGUAUCUCUGAAAAGUGGAAUGACCUCAAAGAAAAGAUGACAGAUCGUGACAAGAAGCUGAAUGCAGGUCUUCUCCAGUCUGGAAAAUUCCAGGAGGCACUUGAAGGUCUAUCAAAAUGGCUCUCAGAUAUGGAAGAUAUGGUGGCAAAUCAGAAAGCACCUUCUGCCGAUUACAAAGUGGUCAAAGCACAACUUCAGGAGCAGAAGUUUUUGAAAAAGAUGCUUCUUGAUAGACAAGGCUCCAUGAGCUCACUGGUUGUAAUGGGCAGAGAAGUCGCCGCUAAUUGCGAUUCUACUGAGCGGUCAGCUGUCGAGAGACAGUUGAAAUCACUUGCUGAUAGAUUCGAAGACCUAACAGAAAAAGCAGCCACUAGGAUGACCGCUCUGGAGCAGGCUAUGGCCGUGGCUAAGUCCUUCCACGAUAAGAUGAACCCGGUUAACGACUGGCUUCAGAGAACUGAAAAGAAAAUCAAAGACAUGGAGCUUGUUCCAACCGAUGAAGAGAAAAUACAACAGAAAAUUCGAGAACACGAUGCGCUGCAUGAAGAGAUCCUCCACAAAAAAACAGAUCUUAGCGAUCUUACUGACAUCGCAUCUCAGCUCGCUUCCCUGGUGAGCGAUGAUGAUGCUUCAGGCAUUGCCGAUCAGGUGCAAGAAGCAGCAAACAGGUAUUCUAAGCUAGUGCACGCCUCUGAGGAUGUUGCGACACUCCUAGAAUCUGCCAGAGGUCGGUUGAGGCAUCUUGUCGUCACAUAUCAGCAACUCCAAGCUUGGAUGGAAGGAAUGGAUCAUCGCCUUUCCAGGUUUAAAGUUUUAGCAGUACACACAGAGCAGCUAUACGCACAAAUGGAGGACUUAGCUGAUCUGAGUGAAGAGAUUUCAAACCAGCAAGGCAAUGUGGAUUCUACAGUUGAUGCAGGACACGAAUUGAUGCGCAGCAUCUCAAGUGAUGAGGCAAUUCAGCUGAAGGACAAGCUUGACUCGCUUCAAAGACGGUACAACGACCUCACCGUGCGUGGAUCAGAUUUGCUCAAACAGGCUCAAGAAGCUCUUCCUCUGGUCCAACAAUUCCACAAUUCUCACAACAAACUUGUCGAUUGGAUGCAUGGAGCUGAAACAACUUUGCAGAGCGCAGACCCUCGGGAAGAAAGUAUACAUGCUCUUGAAAUGGACAUACAAGAGUUCAGACCAGUUUUGGAGAAUGUGAACCAAUUGGGGCCACAGCUUUGCUCGAUAGGCCCAGGAGAAGGAGCAGCGACGAUCGAGGGUCUUGUGACACGAGACAACAGACGGUUCGACGCUAUCUCCGAACAGGUGCAGAGGAAAGCCGAACGUCUCCAGCUUUGUAAACAACGUUCACUUGAAGUUCUCAGUGAUGUCGAUUCUCUGCUCGAGUGGUUCCGUGAAGUUGAAGCACAAUUGCGUGAAGCGGAACCGCCAUCGAGUGAGCCACAAGUAAUCCGCCUGCAGUUGAAAGAGCACAAGGCUCUAAACGAUGACAUCGCUUCGCAGAAAGGCAGGGUAAGAGAUAUCCUCGACACUGCCAAAAAAGUACUGCGAGAAUCACCACAAUACGAAGACAACUCUGUCAUGAGAGACAAGAUGGUAGACCUUCGAGAGACGAUGGACAGCGUAUGGAGGGCUUCUGGAGAUCGCCUUAGCCUUCUCGAGCAAGCUCUCGGCCUCGCACAGCAUUUCGAAUCAUCCCACAGCGAACUAGUUUCCUGGUUGGACGAAAAGACGACUGAGGCCAGGAACUUGAGACCGAGUUCACUUAGGCCCCAAGCUCUUAUUCAAGAUCAAGCCGUUACACAACGACUUCUUCAAUCCAUCUCCGAGCACAAACCGCUUGUUGACAAGCUUAACAAAACGGGAGAAUCUCUCAUCAAACUCGUGCCAUAUGAGGAAGGAACUAAAGUACAGGAGAUGCUCGACUCGGAUAACUCACGCUACAAUGAACUCCGUAAUAUGCUCAAAGCUCGUCAAGAAGCGCUCGAGAAAGCUCUGCAAGAGUCUUCAGAAUUUUCAGAUAAGCUCGAAGGCAUGCUCAGAGCACUGAGCAAUGCGGCUGAAGAAAUGAACUCCGCAGAACCCGUAUCUGCCCACCCGCCGAAGAUCAGACAACAGUUGAAAGAAAAUGAAGCGCUUAUUGAUGAGGUUGCAAAGAGAGAAGAGGCUUUUGAAGCUGUAAAGAAAGCAGCGAGCGAUGUAAUCGCUAAAUCACCCUCAAGUGAUCCAGCUGUAAAGGAUAUCAAGAGAAAACUGGACAAGUUACAACAAUUAUGGAAGGAAGUAAACGAUGCAACAAAAACAAGAAACAAAUCACUUUCAGAAGCUCUGGAGGUGGCAGCAAGGUUCUGGUCUGCCCUAGAAGCAGUCAUGACCACAUUAGCUGAAAUCGAGAGGACUCUCAUAGAACAAGAACCUCCUGCUCUUAAACCAGAGCUGGUUAGAAGGCAAGGCGAAGCUCUCGGCAUCGUCAAGAGUGACAUCGACCAUACCAAACCACGUGUCGAAGAUGUGAGGAAAACAGGAGCUUCCCUCAUGGCGCUCUGUGGAGAAGCGGAUAAACCCGAAGUAAGGAAAAACAUCGAAGACUUGGAUUCAGCUUGGGACACGGUCACCAGUCUCUUUGCCCGUCGCGAAGAAAACCUCCUCGAUGCCAUGGAAAGAGCAAUGGAGUUUCACGAAACUCUCAAAGCCCUUAAAGAAUUCUUACAACAGGCAGAAUCAAGGUUUUCAGCUCUUGGCCCUCUUGGCGAGGAUAUCGGAACAAUAAGACAGCAGAUGAAAGAGGUGAAGGACUUGAAGGCUUCCCUCGACCCGAUGAUGAUCAAAGUAGAGUCGCUAAACAGGCAAGCUGCAGAACUGACUGAGAGAAGUACAGCAGAGCAAGCACAGGGCUUGAAAGAGUCCCUCUCGAGUGUGAACUCGAGGUGGGAUGAGCUCCACCGAGGCAUAGCCGAGCGCUACCGACAGUUGGAGAACGCCCUCCUCCGCCUUGGACAGUUCCAGCAGGCUCUCUCAGAGCUGCUCACAUGGAUUUCCAACACGGACAAGAGCCUUGAUACAGAAAUGAGCCCGACUGCAGUCGACCCUCACCUCCUUGAAGUCCAACUUGCCAAAUUAAAGGUCUUGAUGAAUGAUAUGACUGCACAUCAGAGUUCAGUGGAUACUCUGAAUGAUGCCGGCCGUCAAAUCGUCGAGGAGAGUCGAGGAGCGGAUGACACUACUCAAGAGAGAUUAAAAGAUCUGAACAAAAAAUGGAAAGCGCUCUUAGACAAAGCAGCAGACAGGCAGACAGAACUCGAAGAAGCUUUAAGACAAGGACAAAGGUUCUCGGCCGAAAUUCAAGAUCUUCUAGGAUGGCUCUCAGAGGUCGAUUCUGUCAUAGCUUCAUCCAAACCGGUCGGAGGCCUUCCGGAAACUGCAUCCGAGCAGCUGGACCGUUUCAUGGUCGUUUAUGACGAGCUCGAGGGCACAAGACCUCGUGUGGAGGCGGUCCUCCAACGAGGAGCCGAAAUGCUUCGCAAGUCCCCCUCUGAAAGUUCGAGCCAUACACAAGGAAACCUCAAAACGCUCAAGUCUCGUUGGGAGUCUGUUACUUCGCGGGCUAAUGACAAGAAAAUCAAACUUGAGAUCGCUCUGAAAGAAGCCACUGAGUUCCAUGAUGCAUUACAGUCGUUCAUGAACUGGUUGACAUCGGCUGAAAAGACUCUGUCCAACCUUAAACCCGUUUCUAGAGUUCUAGAAACUAUCCUGAAUCAAAUAGAAGAGCACAAAGCUUUUCAAAAAGAAGUCGGUGUCCACCGGGAGACUAUGCUACAGCUUGACAAAAAAGGAACUCAUCUCAAAUACUUUUCCCAAAAACAGGAUGUGAUCCUUAUUAAAAACCUUUUAAUAAGCGUCCAACAUCGUUGGGAAAGGGUUGUGAGCAAAAGUGCGGAAAGAACACGAGCACUGGAUCACGGCUACAAAGAAGCGAAGGAUUUCCACGAUUCUUGGUCUAAUUUGAUGAACUGGCUUAGAGAAACUGACGUAAAACUCGACGAGAUGCUUACUGACAUCAACUCCGCAGCAAAUGACCCUAUUAAACUCAGACAAAGGCUCGUCAAACACAGAGAAACACAGAAAGCUAUUGCAGGUAAACAGAUUGCCUACGAUGCUACAUUAAGGGCCGCUAAAACUUUAAGGGAACGAGCACCGAAAGUCGAUGAAUUGACAUUGAAAAACAUGGCUUCUGAAUUGAAGGAAUUGUGGAAUACUGUAAGUUCUAAAGCUGUUGUCAGACAAAGAAAUUUGGAAGAAGCACUGUUAUACUGUGGGCAAGUCAAAGACGCGCUUGAUGCUCUUUUGGACUGGCUUAGAAAGACACACAAAGAUCUGUCUGAAGACGGUCCCGUCCAUGGGGAUCUCGACACUGUACAGAAUUUGAUCGAGAAACACAAAAACCUUGAGCAGGAUAUGGAAAAUCGCAAGAGUCAAGUUGAAUCCGUUGAAAAAUCCGGAAGAGAGCUUGCUUCAAAGAGCGACGCACGACAGAUGUCAGAUCAAGUCUCUGAGAUGACAGAUUUAUGGAGGAAGACCACACACCUCGCACAGAAACGCGGUGCCAAGCUUCAGUCGGCUUUGAAACAGGCAGAAGAGCUGCAUAGAAGUGUACAUCAACUUUUGGAAUGGCUCUCUGACGCAGAAUCUAAACUUAGACUCGUCGACAAUUUAUCCGACGAUGAGACCGAAACGCGUAUCAUGAUGAGCGAGCACGAGAAGUUCAUGCGCGAGUUGGCCGACAAGGAAAGAGAGAAAGACUCGACAAUCAGACUCGCAGAGGAAAUUUUAGGAAAGGCUCAUCCUGAUGCGGUUCAAGUAGUGAAACACUGGAUCUCUGUAAUACAAUCACGAUGGGACGAGGUCACUUCAUGGUCACGCCAGCGCAACGACAAGCUUAAAGCUCAGUUGCGUUCUCUCCAAGACAUGGACGCUCUAUUGGAAGAGCUACUCGCAUGGCUGGGCGAGUGUGAGUCAACACUCAUCUCCCUCGAACACCAAGAACUUCCUGAUAACGUACCAGCGACUCAAGUGCUCGUCGACGAACACCAGUUCUUCAUGGAGACCAUGGCAAAACGCACUACAGAAAUAGACAUGGUGGUCAAAGCAAAGACAAUCAAAGAAAGAAAAGUUUCUAAGAAAUCAGGGAGCACUCAGGAACUCCACGAACUUACUAGAAGGCAGAGUUUGAAAUCUUCUCGGGAGCACUUACUUAUUGAGAGAAGAACCAGUCGUAGUUCUGGUAAAGAGUUCUCGGACCCAACGCUUCCGCAUAUCGGCCCUAAGUUCCCGACUAAAGGAAGCAAAACUCCAGAACCUCAGUUCAAAUGUGCUAGAUCACGCUUGCUCUAUGACCGGUGGCGCUCAGCGUGGCUUAUGUCGUGGGAACGCCAGAGAAGGCUGAGGGACCACCUCCUUCACUUAGGAGAGCUAGAACGCCUUGCAAACUUCUCAUGGGACGAUUGGAGAAAACGCUUCCUUCGAUUUAUGAAUCAUAAGAAAUCUAGGCUCACAGAUCUCUUCAGGAAGAUGGACAAGAAUAACGAUGGCCUCAUCCCGAGAGAUGACUUUGUAGAUGGAAUUAUCAAAACCAAAUUCGACACGAAUCGGCCAGAGAUGGGCGCAGUCGCGGAUAUGUUCGACCACAAUUCCGAGGGUUACAUCGACUGGAAGGAAUUCAUAGCCGCCCUCAGGCCCGACUGGGAGGAGAAGAAACCGACCACGGAAGCCGAGAAGAUCCACGACGAGGUGAAGAGGCUCGUCAUGCUCUGUACAUGCCGGCAGAAGUUCCGUGUCUUCCAAGUCGGAGAAGGGAAAUAUAGGUUCGGCGACUCGCAGAAACUUCGUCUUGUGCGUAUUCUCAGAUCGACCGUGAUGGUCCGUGUCGGUGGCGGAUGGGUUGCUUUAGAGGAGUUCCUUGUUAAGAAUGAUCCUUGCAGGGUUGAGAUGCUGCCAAUACCAAACCCAUUUAUUCCGGAAGAGCAUGAGGCAUGGUGCCCUUUAAGCGUCCGACGGUCAUCUGGCGAGCUCCUGAGCGAACUGAUGCCGAUAUUUGAGAAGCUGCGCGAGAGAGAGGAGAACGCGAUGAAGAGCGAGUUCCCAAUUACCGUCGCCCAGAGGAUCCACACGCCGCACACGUGCCAGAUUCGCGAAAAGUCGAGCAAGAGCGUCCCCAUGGCUAGUUCGAGAGGUACGCCCGGUUCGGUCGACUCGCUCAGCGACCUCGACUCAUCACCGCACACGCCUAAUUACAUGACUCCUCGUAAGAGUUCACUUAGGGCGCCCUCGUCCUCUACUCCUGGUUCCCUUCCAGGCAGCCGGAGCAACAGCAGGCCGGCUUCAAGGCAAAACAGCAAACCGCCAUCUCGACAUGCUUCGAACCUAUCCUUGGCAAGCUCAGAUGACGGUACUCCUUCACGGAUUCCUCGUAUGUCAGUCCCGUCUCGCACCAGUACAACAGGUACUGCUACUCAGCGAAAAAUGACAGCACCUGGUGCUCUUAAUGGCUCAAAAUCACCCUCUGGAAGGGGAAAAUUGACAAGGGCGUCGAGUAUACCCACACUGGCGAAUAGGUCUUCCACUUCGAAAAUACCCGUAUUCAUUGGGAGCGGAGAUGUUUCGCACUCUACCUCCUCUUCAGGCCAAUCGAGGAUCCCGAUUUAUUCUUACUCAACCUUGACAUCGCCGACGUCCACAUCAUCAGGCCAUUCAAUGGGUAUAAGGCAGCAGAGAACGCCAAGUGGAAGGAACACACCAAGCGGAAGGACCACGCCAAAAUCGAGCAGAUGAUCAUAAAGAGAACAAAAAAAAUGGGAAAGCAAAAAACAUUCCAAAAUAUAAAACAAAAAAAAUCUAAUUUAAAACUAAUUUAAAACAAAAAGGACUAACUA